AUGCAGAGUGUGAAUGGAGGAGAGGAGGAGAGAGAUUCUUCAAGAAGCCAGAUGAAAAGACAAAGCCCACGUCGGGCACCCAUAGCUGCUGGCGUUCCAGUGGAUGUCCACAGCCCACCUCAUCCUGGGGCUCUCCCCGCUCGCGGCGGUGAUUUACGUGCAGAAGGGCGACUCUGCCCCGCAGCACCCAGCCCAGGGGACCGAGCCUCCUCGUCCGUCUGUCCUUCGUCUCGCCCGGUGGUGGAGCCUGUCGCGCCUCCCGCCGCGGACUCCCGCUCCGGCCUGGAGCUGCUGGAGCCAUCAACUGAGCCCGCGGCCCGCCUGGGACGGCGCUCACCGGCAGCUGGUCAUGGCCCGGCGCCUCAGCCCUGCCAAGCUAGUCCGGGGGCUUCGCACGGACCGGCUCUGUGCUCCCGCCUCCUGCGCUUCACGCCCGCUGCUCUUUCCCGCUCCGCCGCAGAAGCGCUGCCACGGGGCCAGAAGACGCUGGUCCCGCCGCGUGUGUGUCGCAAAGCCAGCGGCCGCCCCUUCCCCUCGCCGCGCCGCCAUCAGCACCUUGCCCGCCUCCUCCCGGGGCCCGGGCGGGCUCGCACGCCCCGUGCUUCGCCGCCGCUGUCCCCAGCCGAGGAUGCGGGUGUCGGUCUGCUGAGCCGCGCUGCUCCUGCCUGUCGCCUACAGCGCCGGCCCGCCACGCCGCGGAGCUUCCGGCCGCCGCGCCAAUGCCCGGCCGCGCGAUGUGUCCAAGUGCCCAGCCCCAGCUGCCCCAGCGGUUACGUCCCCGACCGCUGCGGCUGCUGCCUCAUCUGCGCCGCGGGCGAGGGGGACUCCUGCGGCCGCAAGGAGGACCCGCCGUGCGGGGACAGCCUCGACUGCCGCUACCCCAUGGGCAAGCGCUUCGCCAAGGGCGUGUGCCAGUGCAAGCUCAGCGCCCAGGUGUGCGGCAGCGACGGCCGGACCUACGACAACAUCUGCCACCUGAAGGCGGUGAGCCGCAAGGCGCUGCAGCACGGGCUGCCCGCCGUCGCCCAGGUCCAGAAGGGAGCCUGUGAAUCGGGUCACCUACAGUCCAACAGCCCAAGAUACAAAUUCAACUUCAUAGCAGAUGUGGUGGAAAAGAUCGCACCUGCAGUUGUUCACAUUGAACUUUUCCUCAGGCACCCUCUCUUUGGUCGAAAUGUCCCACUUUCCAGUGGAUCUGGGUUUAUUAUGUCUGAUUCUGGUUUAAUUGUGACCAAUGCCCACGUGGUGUCAAGCACCAAUGCAAUAUCAGGGAGACAACAAUUGAAAGUGCAGCUACAGGAUGGAGAUACCUAUGAAGCAACCAUCAAAGACAUUGACAAGAAAUCUGACAUUGCAACAAUAAAGAUUCAUCCUAAGAAAAAACUACCAGUAUUGUUACUGGGACAGUCUGCUGACCUGAGACCAGGAGAAUUUGUGGUGGCAAUUGGAAGUCCAUUUGCCUUACAGAACACUGUGACAACAGGUAUUGUCAGCACUGCUCAGCGAGAUGGCAAAGAACUCGGCCUGCGGGACUCAGACAUGGAUUACAUUCAGACAGAUGCUAUUAUUAAUUAUGGAAACUCUGGAGGACCUCUAGUUAACCUGGAUGGUGAAGUUAUUGGGAUUAACACUUUGAAGGUCACAGCUGGAAUUUCUUUUGCUAUUCCUUCAGACCGUAUCACUCAGUUUCUCACAGAGUCACAAGACAAGCAAAGUAAAGAUGGGAAGAAACGUUUCAUUGGCAUCAGAAUGCUGACAAUAACACCUGCCUUGGUGGAAGAACUGAAGCACAACAAUGCUGAUUUUCCUGAUGUCAGAAGUGGAAUUUAUGUACACGAAGUUGUUCCAAACUCACCUUCUCAUAGAGGAGGGAUCCAGGAUGGAGAUAUUAUUGUGAAAGUCAAUGGGCGUCCUUUGAUGACCUCCAGUGACCUGCAAGAGGCUGUGAUGAAUGAAUCACCUCUACUACUUGAAGUUCGACGAGGAAAUGAUGACUUGCUGUUUAACAUUGAGCCUGAAGUUGUCAUGUAAAUAGAAUUGAGGAAGCUCUCACCAUAAUUAAACUCACGUAUUCUGGAACACUAGAUACCUCCUUUACAGCUACAGUAAUUAUACUUCUGUUGACUAAUGACAAGGUGGACUUACUUAAUUGCCUGAGCCAUUUCUGUACAUAGUAGCUAGAAUGACUUAAGCGAUGCCUUUUAUAGAAGAUUUAAAUUUCAAAGAAUCUUAAGAACUGUCUUCUGGGGAGGAGGAGAAAACCAAAUUUUGGAUAGCUGGUAGAAAUGGGGCCCACUUCCAGUUCCUUCAGGUUCAGAGCAGGUUCAGUUCUGCAUUUUGAAAGACCAAAAUACUACUGGAAGUGAGGAAGCACAAGAAAGGGAAAAUUAUUCUAAAACUACAGUCAUGGCUGCAGCAGACCCAAGCUAUUGCAAUGCAUAAUUGAGCUAAUUUUUUUUCUAUGUAACUUUUUCAAUGUGAACCUAUUACUGGCAAAGCUUGUAUUUGUUCUUAGUGCUUCUGUGCUCCAUGUCAAUGCAGGUAGAUUAAAUCUGUAAAUAUCGAAAGGAACAAAAAUGGUAUCAGGCUAUAGAGUGUUACACCUAGGUCAUGCGAUUUUGGGAUAUAGUAAAUGAUUCUUAUAGAAUUAAUGCCUUAUUAUAUAUAAAUCAAAACGAUGUGCUGAACAAAGUUAAGUUUGAGAAAGUGCACAGUUUUUUAAGAAUUUGAUACAAACUACUUUUGCAUUUUACUGGUAAGCUUUGCUGUAAAGUUGUUACACUACUUUUGGCUUGGACUGUGUAUGUUUCUACUGUAAGGAGAUUAAAGUUUACACAAAUAUUGUA